UUAUGAAUGUGUACAGUCAAAUUCGAUCAAGUGUCUUAAUGAAGACCUUACAAGGAUUAGUCGAGGGACACUCGCUAGGAAAGAUAGAAAGUUAUUCUCCUGCCAACAUUAUGAUCAGUCCGAAGUUGAAACAGUUAAGCGGCAUCACUCCUCAAAGAAAAUCAACUAUGAAAAGAAAUCUUGUGCGUCGUGUACCAUCGAAAGCGUUUGAAUAUACAGGAAAUCGGAAAGUCAACUCACCAGCUGCAAUGUUCGAUUUGUCAACAUCCAAAGAGGAUGAAGAUGAGAUAGAAGCUGGUCGAUUCAUCACUCUUUUCAUGCACUUUUAA